GUGGCCCCCGCUGUCUGGGACUCUAUGGACGGCGUCCCGGCCGGGUUCCGCUCGGGCACAGGCCCCGCAGCCAGGCACUAGUUGAGGAGUACAGGGCCUAGGCUCCACAGCUGUCCCCCUCCCCCACGCAGGACAGCGCGGGCAGACACAGGGGCAGGUCCCGGAGCUGGGGAGAGGCCGGAGGCGGGGGGGGUCUCUGGGGCCCGCGGGACAGGGACGCGUCCAGCGGCUGCCUAGGGUCACAUCGGAACAAUAUCACUUUAUGCUCACUGUGGAGACUCUCCUAGCUUCAUGUCUUCAAGGAUCCAAACCUUAACUUCUUUAUUCAUAAGAAAUUAUAAAGACUUCUGCAGGGAUAGACAAUGUGGACACUACAAAAUAAUUUCUGCAAUCUUAUAAAAAAGACUGUCCCCACAUUUAAAUGUAUGUUUCCCCAUUAUAACAAAGCAAGAUAUGGACAGUAUAUAAAAACCUUCCCAAUUUUAGAUGGAAGUAUCCCUUCUGUAUGUGAACAUGUGUUUGAAAAAAACUUAAGGAAUAGCGAGGCUUGUAUUCAAAGAUAUUCAGAGUUGCUCUACAAGGUCAGUAAAGGUGGUGGAGAGAAUGCAAUCUUGCGUCAUACCCAAAGGAACAAGAAGUUGCUUGUUCGUGAACGCCUAAGAAUGCUCCUGGAUGAUGAAUCUUUUCUUGAGCUGUCUCCUUUUGCGGGUUUUGAUUUGCCAUAUGGUGAUGUCCCUGCUGCUGGAUGCCUCACUGGAAUUGGAAAGAUCUGUGGAGUCUGGUGUGUCUUUAUGGCAAAUGAUGCAACAGUUAAAGGCGGGACCAUUUAUCCCAUUUCAGUGAAGAAACAGCUAAGAGCUCAACAUAUAGCAAUUCAAAACAGACUUUUAUCUGUGUAUCUAGUUGACAGCGGGGGAGCAUUCCUACCGCUACAGGCAGAGCUCUUUCCUGAUCAGUCCCAUGGUGGCAGAAUAUUCUACAAUGAGGCAAUAAUGUCUGCUAUGAAAAUCCCUCAGGUGGCAGUGGUGUGUGGUUCUUGUACAGCUGGGGGUGCCUACGUUCCUACCAUGGCAGAGGAAACCGUGAUUGUAGACAAAAUUGGUACUAUGUUUCUUGCUGGACCCCCUUUGGUUAAAGCUGCCACAGGAGAAGAUAUCUCUCCUGAGGAUCUAGGAGGAGCCACUCUGCACUCUAAAGUCAGUGGUUGCAUCGACCAUUUUGCAUCUUCAGAAGAGGCAGCGUAUGAAUGUGUUAGAAAUAUUAUCUUGACGCUAAAUUAUGAACUUCCACAAGAGGAAACUUUGGAGUAUGAUGAGCCUCUGUACGGUGCCGAAGAGCUCCUGGGGCUUGCACCACAAGGUUAUAGAUAUACUCUACCUCUAAAACUGAUUUUGAGCCGUCUGAUAGAUGGAAGCAGGUUCCAGGAAUUCAAAGCUGAAUAUGGAACAACAUUAGUAACGGGAUUUGCCCAUAUGGAAGGACACCUAGUUGGGAUAGUGGCUAACAAUGGUGAGCUGACGCAUGAUGCUUCUCUAAAGGGCAGCCACUUUGUACAGCUGUGUAGUCAGCGAAGCAUUCCCAUCCUGUUUCUGCAGAAUACUGCUCCACAUGCAGCAGAGCCAACAAGUCUCUCACAGGCAGAGAAUCACACCAACAGAUUAAAGGCACAGGCCUCCAUGAUGGCUGCAAUUGCUUGUGCUGCUGUGCCCAAGAUAACCCUUGUAAUUGGUGGCAGUUAUGGGAAUGAAAGUUAUGCUAUGUGUGGGAGGUCAUUUGAUCCAAACUUCCUGUUCCUGUGGCCUAAUGCAAGAGUUGCCCUUGUGGAUUCAAGACAUAUCUCCACAUUCCCACAGGCUGGGGAUGACGAUUGCAUAGGAGAUGACUCAGAGUUAAAGUUUUUAAAAGAAAAGCUGGACCAAGAAAGCAGUGCAUUUUACUCUUCUGCUCGACUCUGGGAUGAUGGCAUAAUACUGCCACAGAAUUCUAGAAAAGUGAUUGCACAGUGCUUAACAAUUAUGAAACAGCAGAAGUAUCAGAUCAAAUCUCUGCAACAGUAUCCCAUUAUCCGACUGUAAUCAAACUGCCAUUUACAAAUAAUUGGGUUUUUAAGAAUGACAAUACAAUGUUUUUAAAUGAAGUGAUUUGCUAGCAUUUUGUUACCUUUAGUAUAACUUGAAAUAAUUCUAUAAACUGUCAGUAUACAAAAAGCUCACAUUUCAGGCCCAUUUGGAUUAGGAAUAUUUUGAUCCUUGUUGCACUAGCAAAUUUGAAAAUUAUAUUGUAUGUAAAGACAAAAUACAAUUAAUGAACUUUUGGAUCUUGCCACUUGAUCUGUGUAAUGAAGAAAACUCCUCUUUGUGCAAAAAAUGAUUCUUGGGUUAUUAAUAUACACAUUUUGGAUAUGGAAUGUAAGAGUGAGCUCUCAUUUCUCAGUCCACAAUAGGAAAACAAUGAAAAGUAAUAAGCAUUGAGUGGAAGCUAAUACUAAAAAUACAGGUUUUUCUCUGGGAUACUUGUUUUAAAGUCAGUCACUAUACUGUCAAAUUUCUUUCAGCAUUCAUCAGUGUGAAUAGGGCUUGUGUUGUGCUAAGUACUGCAUGGGAUUUUUUCAGGGGGAAAAGGCAAAACACCACAUUUAUGGGUAAUACAUAUAGCAUUCAACACUUAUAUGCAUUUGAUAUAGCACACUCAUGCACUUACAUACACACAAGCAUACUCUGUCUUGUUAUCAGUAGUUGCUUCCCCUAACAGCACUGGCCAAGUGAUAAAGAAGUGGGAGGGAUGGAGCCAGGCUUCUGCCAAUCUGGAUCGAUGUUCCCAUGUUGACAAGAUAAAACUCGGGGUCCUCCUGCAAGAUACCUUUGAUUUAUAGUAGUUCCCCUCUCAUGCAAAUCUAUUAUCUUAUGCAUAUGCAAAAUCUGUGAGUCAUCAUAUGCAUAUGCAGUUUGUUGCCUAUGGCGCCUUCUUCUGGAUGUUGUCUCAGUGCUACCACAUUCACCUUCAAAGAGGGUGCUGCUGACUCCCAAGGCUGUCCAUAUAUCCAAUUUUCUUUCAGUGAGCCCACUUAACAGGUCUCAUUGUUCUUAGAUCAGGCUGCUUCUUCAAGUGGUGUCCCUGUGGGUGCUCCACUGUAGGUGUCGGGUCAUCCCGGCGCUUCAAAUCGGAGUUUUCUUGAGCAGUAGCCAGCUGGACCACGCCUGUAUGGCUUGCACUUCAUACCAUUCACACUCUUUUGAUCUCUUGUGCAGUCUGGCUCCCACCAGUUCCUUCUUUGCCGCCCGUGGUCGCAGACAGAGAGAGCCUCUUCUCCUCAGAGAAAUCCGUUCAGGAAUAUAAUACUUAAUUGUUUUGUCUUUUUAGUUAGAGUUACAGAGAGAAGAAAAAAACAGAGAAGAUGACUUUGUUAGUUGGUAUGUUUUGUAACUAGCCAUGCCGGGCUCUCCUGGCUUUAAGAAGUACGUCACACGUCGUGACGCCAUGCCAGCUUUGGACGCUCAUGCGGAAUGUAUUAAGUGCCUCAGUGAGGCCCGUGUUCCUCAAAAGUGAGUUCACUGUGCCAAGCUGACAGUUAGGGCACGUAAGGACAGGGAGAUGAGGCUAAAAAUGUUUUUAUUUGACAAAGUGCUCCAGCCUCUGGAGUAUUCUUGUACUAUCUCCACUCCACAUUCUCCUAGAGCGGAGAAGAGAAAGGCUGUUUCGCCAAAGGCAGCCCCAUCUCGAAAGAGAGCUUCGCCAGCUCAGUCUUUGCCAUCAGCAUGAGUCAGUGUCGAUGAUAAGCCUGCCAUGUAAGGAGCAGUGGCACCUAAGCAUAAGUCACUGUCGGAGCCAAAAUCAUGGCGAAAAUCUGUAACGGUGCCGUCAAUAGUCAUAACAGUUUGCCAUUUGGCACCGCCAGCGAUGGCCCCGGCUGCAACAGUGCCAACAACACUGGCACCAUCGGCAUUGGAGCAGUCAACAAAUGUAUCAACG